AUGUUCCGUGACAAGACUCGUGAUUCGCAGCCCACAGAUGAGUCUGGAGAGCGCCUUCUGGCGGAGGAGGAGGGCACUCUGUGGACCAACAAUGAGGAAACCCCAACGGCAUGCUGCAAGAGUUUUGCAACUGGUCUUUUACAAACAGCUGCACUUGUGCUCUUCUUCCUGAUUGGAGCAUUGUUUGGCUUUGACUGGCGUGGAGAUUUGGAUACCAUGUGCCAUGCACAUACUUCCCAAUACUCAACUAUCACAAGAGAAGUUGGGAUCGAGUACAGCCCUCAAAUGUUCAAUGGCUCGCUUUUAAAGGAAAGCAUAUUUCGUCUAGAUGCGGGCCCUGAGGUAGAUGCGGCGUGGGAAUCAUUGGGAAUCAAUUGUUGGUGGCCAGUCCACUCACUGAUGCCUCGAACCUCACUGACAUUUGCUUCUAAUAUAGAUCGAAGUAUUCGCGUGCCAUUCGAAGAUGCUAAACAGAGUGGACUCGCUGCCGAUCAAGUGAAAAUCAACAAAAAAUAUGGAGGAGGAUUUCCGGCAAAUGUGGAAGGGCUGCAUCAUCUUCACUGUUUGAAUCUUCUCCGUCAAUCACUCUAUUACAACUAUGACUAUUACCACGCGAAGGGUGAAGGCCCAUUCGUCAAUGAUGACUACAUUGUGCGCCGACACGUCUCUCACUGCCUUGAUAUCAUUCGCCAACAGCUCAUGUGUACAGUCGACACCGGUGUCCUGGGUCAGAUAUGGAUCUACCCUGAAAGCCCCGAGCCUUAUGUCGACUUCAACACUCAACACCGAUGUAAGAAUUUCGAAGAUGUCCGUGGAUGGGCUGAGAAAAAUCAGCUACCUCUAGAUCCUCCGUCAGACUUCCUCGAGCCACCGAUGGAAGGUGAUCGAAUCUACGACGAAAUGCCCUGA